AUGCCAUUCAUGAAUACAAUUAUUUGUGCCUUCCUAUAUUAUUUGUUAAUACGAAGUGAAAAGAAAGAAAACUUUGAUAAAAACCAAAUUGAGAUAAUGCAACCUGCAGUUGUUAUUAUCUAUGAUGAUAGUCAUCGAUCUAAAACUCAGGAUUGCAAAGAAAAAUAUUUAGAAUUUUUAGCAGAAACUGAAGGAACAUGCCACAAUAUUAAUGAUAGUAAGUGUGUAUAUCUAUGCAAAGAAUGUGAUAAACAAAAUAAAAAUGUAAUUAAAAUAAAAAAUCUGUGUCCUAAAGAAAUUUCUCUCUAUGCUAGUUCAUAUAUAGAACAAGGGGUACAAAAUUUUUGUAAAAGAUGUGCUGAUAAAGAUAAAUAUAAUAAGAAUUUCUCAUAUGGUAAUGAAAAAAAUGCCUCAAUAAAAUCAGAUAUAGAUAACGUAUAUGAAAAAAAUGGUAUUAGUAAAGUAAUAACAGUUUCUGAGGUAGAACAGCUUAAUAAGAAACCCCAUAUGGAAAAUGUUACCUCUGAACUCAAAGAUCCAGAAAGUAUUGAUUCUCCAAGACGCAAAGAAAUUUGUACAACUAAAAAUGAGGGAAGAUCAGAAAAUAAAAUUUCAUGUGAUAAACAACAAGAAAUAAUGAAUUCAGCUAAUUUUAAUAUGCAUAAAGUGGAAACAUACUCAUCAAUAAUUAAUGAAUAUCCUGUUACACCUGUAAAAACACAAACUGCACCAGAAUCAUUAUCUUUCCCAGAUGAUUUAUCAGAUGUCAUAUUAACCACCAUUGAAAAGGCGCAGUCUUUACAAACAAUUUAUAUUUUGGAAACUAAUUCAGAUAACACACAAAAAGAGAGUCCUUCAAGUGAUAAUACAGUUCAAGGUAUAAUACAAGUUCCUCAAGUUAAUCCCCAGGAUAUCGAUAGAAAUAAAGGAUGUAAUGCUAAGGAACCCCCGAAGUUACUAGUAGCAUAUCUGGUGCAUCUGAAGAUAAUGAUAGUCCAUCUCAUGAUAAAGAAGUUUCCAAAGGUGAGAAUUCUAUUAGUAAUGAAUAUUUUCCUUCUAGCACCAAUCUGUUUUUAG